CGCCUCGGCUCUGUUAUCUUCCGUCCCCCGCCGCCCGAGCAGCGGAUCUCCUCCUCCUCCUCUUCUUCCUCCUCCUCCUCCGGACCUGCUGCAGGAUUUGUUUAAUUCUCAUGAAACUUCCCCACUAGCCCGCGGCGCUCCUCUCAUGGUGUCCCCCCGGAGACUCCCCGGCCUGCACUCGACUUUACGCAAACUAUCGGCCACCGUGCGGCCGUCUUGGAAAUCAUGGCAACGUGGUCGUUGCCUCGGCUCCUGUGCGCGUCUCUGUCGGUCCUCCUGCUGCGUCUGCCGGGGCCCCUCGGGGCAGGGACCCCCGCCGCCAACGGCACGGAUCCGGUGACCGCGGGAUUCUACUCUUCCACCGCCGGGGGCGAGCUCGGUAACGCGGGGAGCGGCGAAACGUCCACUUCGCACUCCGCGGAGAGUCUGUCGGCAUCACAGAGGAACGUCCUGCUCACGCGCACCGCCGCCGAGGGCCGCGCGGCCACAGAACAGCCACAAACCUUCACAGAAGCGGGCAGCCGGUCACUAGGGGACAUUAUUCAUUCUACCGAGCCGCUCGCCUCCGCCCUCGUUGUAGCCACGACGGAGACCAGCAGCAGCAGCAGCAGCAGCAGCAGGGACUGGGAGGACAUCUCCGUCACGGACCAGGCGUCCGGCGCCUCUCCGGCUGUGUCCCAGGAGGACCGACUCCCCCGGGACGGCCCAGUCACCAUCCUCCAACCGGGGGGGGCCUCCGCCCGCGCCGAGCUGCCGCACACCGGCCGCACUUACACCUCCACCGCCGUCAGCCGCGCCGGGGAGAGGACGCUGCUUUCCGUCACCUCCUCCUCCAGCAACGGCACCUCCUCCGCCUCGACGCAGGACUCCAGCUCCCGUCAGCCCCCCUCCACCUGGGGGGUUUCUGCUCGGGUUACAGACACCGAGGGCUACACCCACAGCGCCCCGUCCACCAGGACCGACGGUCGGGACACGACGGACGAACUAGUGACCCGCUCCUCUCACGGGUCGUAUCCCGAGACGGGGAGCGCGGCGGGGGUGUCGGGAGGAACCCAAAGUUUAACCGGACAACUCAACGCCACCCGUCGUCAAUUCGCCUCGACGUCGGGGGAGGCCUCCGACUCGCCGCCGCCGCCUCCUCCCCUCGGGGUGACCGAGCCCGGCGCCGGUCCACCGGGAGGGUCGGCCUCCUCACCCGCUCCCACCGCUACGUCUCCGGCGCCAGGCCCCACCGACCCCUCAGGGACGGCGCAGGGGUCGGGCUUCGGCGUUACGGCCUCCCCCGAGCCCUCCUCCACCGGAGCUCACAGAUCCAGCUCUCAGGUCCAGGAGGCUACGGAGGGGGUUCCAUCCCAAACCAGGGAGGACAGCGCGGGCUCGGGCCUGACCGCCGCGCCGCCAACCACCACCACCAGCAGCAGCACCAGCACCAGCAGCAGCAGCAGCGGCGCUGCUUCUGGAGACUCUCGGACGGACAUGCCGCUGGUUUCUGAGGUCUCCCCCACCCCCACACCUGUCGGUGUGACCGAGAGAUCACAGAUGACGGAGGAAGACACUUUCAAAGCCUUGGCGUCCACCAUCGUCCCCACCACCGCUCCCGUCCCACCCUCAACCUUGUCCUCCCCGUGCAGCAGCUCCGCCAGCGGUACCACCCCGGGGCCAGCUAUGGGAGCCACAACCGCCCGCACCCCGCCAUCCACCCCGCCAUCCACCCCGCCAUCCACCCCGGCGCCUCUGACCUCCGCGGCGCGGCCGACCCCCGGCGCGUCAACCCGCCAAACUCGGGAGGACGAUCCCACCGGCGCCACCACCCGGCGGGCGGAAACGAGCACAGGCGCACCGGGAUUCGCCACCACUCUCGGCCAGCACGUCACUGCCGCCGCCUCCACCACUGCCUCCGCCUCCACCUCCGCCUCUGCCUCCACCUCCACCCGCGGCGCCCCAACCACGGAAACGGCGCCUGCACAGACCACGGGGAGACAGGCGGACAGGAGAAGCACAGAGGCUGCGGGGACGACGUCACUCAUCGUGCCACCGACACCCCCGAGCAACCCUUGCGUGUCGAACCCCUGCAUGAACGGAGGGAUGUGUGUGAGCUAUAAAGGCCAUCGAUUCAUCUGCCACUGUCAGCAGGCUUGGACAGGACCGACCUGCAUCCAGGAUGUGGAUGAGUGUGAGAGGGACCCUUGCCCCGUCGGCUCCAGGUGUGUCAACACACGAGGCUCCUUUAGCUGUGAAUGUCCGAUCGGGUUCGACCUGGAGGAUGGACGCACCUGCACUAGAGCAAAGGCGUUCCUGGGAACGUUCAGCGUCAACAGACUGCCACAUGACCCUGUUAUCAAGAGUUUCAAGAGUGAAACCAUGCAUGAGAUGCAGAGAGAGAUCAUCCAGCUGCUCAACGCCUCGUUGUCCGUCCUCCGAGGAUACAGCCGCUCGACGCUGAGUAAGAAAGGGGAGGACGGAGUUCGUAUCUCGGCUGUCAACAUGUUUUCCAUUACCGCCGAUGUGACGGGCGCGGAGGUCUACAACAGCAUCCAGAUGUCUCUCGGCAACUGCAGCUCCUCGUUGGCUCACUGCCGGAUGGUCCUGCUCCACCAGCUCAGUUACCACGUGGAAAGUCUGUGCGUCGCCCAGAAGACGCCGUGUGACACGGAGCGCUCCACCUGCACGGACAACAGCGGCACCGCCAACUGCCAGUGUCUCCAGGGUUACUACAAACACAACCCUGACGACCUGUCCUGCUUAGAUUGCGGAGAUGGCUACAAGCUGGAAAAUGGAACCUGUCAUCCGUGCGUGUUUGGAUUUGGAGGAUUUAACUGUGGAAACUUUUACAAGCUGAUUGCAAUCGUGGUGUCGCCUGCGGGAGGCGCUCUGGUCCUCAUCCUCGUUAUUGCUCUCAUUGUCACCUGUUGCAAGAAAAACAAGAACGACCUCAACAAGAUCAUCUUUAAAAGCGGAGACCUUCAGAUGUCCCCAUACGCCGACUUCCCCAAAAAUAACCGCAUCUCCACGGAGUGGGGCAGGGAGACCAUAGAGAUGCAAGAGAACGGCAGCACCAAGAACCUGCUGCAGAUGACUGACAUUUACUACUCUCCUGCGCUGCGUAACUCGGACCUUGACAGGAACGGCCUGUAUCCCUUCACGGGCCUGCCGGGUUCCCGCCACUCGUGCAUCUACCCGGCCCAGUGGAACCCCUCCUUCAUCAGCGACGAUUCACGGAGACGGGACUACUUCUGACCGCCUCCAGCACACGAAAAACAGAAGAAGUAAAAAAAAGAAAAAAACUUCUCUCAUACUGUAAAACGUGACGUUGAAGGUUUUGUGCCGCAGCGAGAGCCCGUCUGAUCGCCUGCAGGGUUGCACACUAACUAUGUAAAUGCAGGUGUCUCUGUGUGCGUGUGUUUUUUUUUUUUUUUGCAAGUAAAAUGUUGCUUGAGAGUGUCAGUGUGCGCCCAAUGCCAGUGUUUUUGAAUGAUUUAGCUCAUUUAACUCACACGUUACAUCGCUGCUGUUUUGUUUAAAGGCGUAAUGUGUUUUUCCUGCCUCACAAAGCGGCUGCCGUGAGAUCAAAAAAAACAAUUUGCAACGUGCUCCAGGUCGAUGAUCCGUGAGGGCGGACAAUAAUAUCUUUGUUGCCGCCCGGUAACACGAUGCAGGUCGGAGCAGAAUGAUUAUUCAAAGCAGGUAUGGGGCUCACUGCGUUCACAGGCAGGAAUGGGAAUUAUUGAGGGAUGUCAAAGGAAAACAAACAAACAAAAUAGCACCCAUGUAAAGUGUAUGUGAGGUUCAGCAAAUGGAACAUGCAAAAACACUGAUCUGAACCUUCAAGUGCUGAGUUAUGAAAAUGUGUGUCGCCACUGCUGUGAUUUAUAAGAAUUCGGCCUCUUUUUAGAUAAUAGAAAGAUUUCGUUUUGGUGAAGUAAGGCGAUAACAAACCACUGAUGAAGAAGCCUGAAUUCUGAAGCCGACAUGUAUUUGUUCCCUCUUUGUCCAGGUCCAUCACGUGUAUCAUUAUGGACACCUUGUGUACACACUGACUAGAUUAGCGUGCGUGUGUGUGUGCGUUAGAGAGAGAGUGAGAGAGAGUGUGUGUGUGUGUGUGUGUGUCUUUAGCAUUGGUGUUUAUGAGGUUUGUGUAUAUGUGAGAAGUAAUUAACUACCAGAAGGAUUAUCUGUCAUUGACUGUAACGAAUGUAUUAUAGUCUGUAUCAUAAUUAGUUUGCUAUUUCUGACAUGGAGUGUUAUUUUUAUGUGAGUGUUUCUGUCUUUGUGUUCAUGUUUCUGUCUAUUGUUUCUGGCGUUUUAGUCAGAUGUGCUUAUUUAAAUAAACAUUUUGCACAGUAGUUAUUCUCACUUCAUUCUAGUUUUUUUCAUGUUUGUUCUUGUUUCAUAUUUAGAUUAUUUAAGUUUGAUUUGAAAUGUAUUCAGGUUCAAAUAGAUUGAAAGUGGAUGUUGAGUCAGAAGGUAUGGAAGAAAGUGUAAAGAGAAAGGUGUGUUCAUAGAUGCAUACUAAGGACUUUAAAUAAGCUUAUUGUGGCCUUGAAGGCUUCAAUUCUGACCAUUCUUGUAUAUUUUAUAUUAAAAUGUGUAUUUUAUUUGAUCUGUCUUCUGUUCACUAAAAGUACUAUACUACACAUUUAUAUCAUCCCUAGGGGCAUUUCAAAUAAUCAUGAUGUAAAAAAUGCUAAUGACAUGGAAUAGAACAUGCAUUUCUGUAGGAUUUGCAGGAAUUUCUAUAUUUCAAUUGAAAUGGGAUGAAUAUACGUCCAUUUUGCCACAGCUGAAGAACCUCAAAAGCACGAAAGGAAGAAGACCCUGAUUUGGAAACAACAGUCAAAGUGAAGACACACGUGCACAUCUCCAGAAAAGCACAGAGGAGUCAGGUGCUCACAGAACAAUUAACCUGUGGCCUUAACAUUUUCACUAAUUG